UGAAUUUAGCUGACUGCUAUCGCAUUGGUGUCUAUGGAGAGCCACCCCACUACGCAGACAACGGUAAACGGCCUGAGUGACCUAUCUUCAUUUAUCCACCAUCUUUGCUGAAACUCCCAAUCAAUCGAUCGCUCGGUGCUCUUUUGAGCGUCCUGGAUGAACCAAAAGCUGUGUUGUUUUUCCUGACUGUCUGUGGCACAGGAGAAAUGGUAGCUAGCAUUCUGUGAAAAUUCGGCUAACGUACGACUGAUUAUCUGAUCGAAAUAAUGAAUUUACUGCCAUCAAAUGCACAUGGGAACGGACUCCUGUACGCGGGAUUCAACCAGGAUCAUGGAUGCUUUGCUUGUGGAAUGGAGAAUGGGUUUCGAGUGUACAACACAGACCCACUCAAAGAGAAAGAAAAACAAGGGACACAGCAUUGUGACAGCGAGAGCCAAGAGUUCAUGGAGGGCGGGGUCGGGCAUGUGGAGAUGCUGUUCAGGUGUAACUACCUAGCGCUGGUCGGAGGAGGGAAAAAGCCCAAAUACCCACCUAACAAAGUGAUGAUCUGGGAUGACCUGAAGAAAAAGACGGUUAUAGAAAUUGAGUUCUCCACGGAAGUCAAAGCAGUGAAGCUUCGAAGGGACAGGAUCGUGGUGGUCCUGGACUCGAUGAUCAAAGUGUUCACGUUCACCCACAACCCUCAUCAGCUGCAUGUGUUUGAGACCUGCUACAACCCCAAAGGUCUGUGUGUGCUGUGUCCCAACAGUAACAAUUCUCUACUGGCGUUCCCGGGGACCCACUCUGGGCACGUGCAGAUUGUAGACCUUGCCAACACAGAGAAGCCUCCAGUGGACAUCCCCGCCCACGAGGGGGCGCUGUGCUGCAUCGCCCUCAACCUGCAGGGAACCAGGAUAGCCACGGCCUCCGAGAAAGGGACCCUGAUCAGAAUAUUUGACACCAUGGCAGGCCACCUGAUUCAGGAGUUGAGGCGAGGGUCACAGGCUGCUAACAUCUACUGCAUCAAUUUCAACCAGGAUGCGUCCCUCAUCUGUGUGUCUAGUGACCACGGUACAGUCCACAUAUUCGCUGCAGAGGACCCCAAGAGGAACAAACAGUCCAGCUUAGCCUCAGCCAGUUUCCUUCCUAAGUACUUCAGCUCCAAGUGGAGCUUCUCCAAGUUCCAGGUUCCAUCAAACUCGCCGUGUGUGUGUGCCUUCGGAACAGAACCCAACUCUGUCAUAGCCAUUUGUGCUGAUGGCAGCUACUACAAGUUCCUGUUCAACCAGAAGGGGGAGUGUUCCCGAGACGUCUACGCACAGUUCCUGGAGAUGACAGACGAGAAGGUCUGACCUUUCACCCUACCACCUCCAGCAAACGGACAGACGUGUGCAUGGCGGGUGUGUUUAUUUUCUGGAGGAUGAGGGGAUGGACUGGAGGAAAAGAUGAUGUCUCUGCUCACCAAGUGCUGAUGGACUCUACAUGGAGGAGCGUCAGAGGGAAGGAGAGAGAGACACCGUCUCGGAAACAACAGAGGAAGGAAGGAGAGAGGGAAAGAAAGAAAGAUGGACCAAGAGAAAUGGGGACUGCGUGCCCCCUCUGACAAAACCUACUUAAAGACUGUCCCUGUACAACUAGACAACUACAGAAAGACAGACAGAGGGACGAGAAAAGACUCUAAUGGAUGUCACCUGGGCCUCCUUGUCCUGCUACUCCGAGAACAAAAGAGGGAAACUUGCUUUUUAAAGAUGUCUUCCGUAAAAUGUACGAUGAUCGGUUGGUUAUUUUUUAAAGGCGUAUAGCGUUGAUUCUAAUAGGUAGAUGCAUAGAAAACAAAUCUUGUCAACUAACACCACCUAACCUAACUAUAGGGAGUGCCUCUGAGCUGAAUCGAGAGUGGAGUGUGUGAAUAUACUCACAUAUAUACAUAUAUGUGUGUGUGUGUAUAUAUGUACAAAUUGCAUGGGUGGGAUUUCACAAGGUAAGGCCAUUGAGUUGGCCAGAUAACUUUGAAAAACACUUUGAAAGAAAUAUUUCUUAAUCAAUCUUCGUACAGUUGAAGAAUUGUUUCAGUUUAAAAGUUCCUAUUUUUAUAUGAACUUGAUAUUCCAGGCUUUCAGAGUAUUUACAGUGGUUAUCUGGUUAACCUCAGCGAUUCCUCUUGGUGAAACCCCACCCUGGUAGAGCUAGGUUUAGCUUUUACUCACUGUAUAAACACAAUGAAUACGCCAGACUGAACAUAUGUAACUUACUGCAUAGACUGUACAGAAUAGAAGAACACAUUUUUUGAUCAAUAUCUUAUUGUUUCACUCUUCCUGCCCAUUUCAUGUUGCUGUGUAGGUAUGUAUGUAGGUAUGUAUGUGCAAUAUUCUUUACAGUAUGAGUCUCCAUGAGGAUGAGGUGAAUUAGUUAGAACCCCUAGUUAGUACCUAUAAGCCAAACCAAGAACCAAAAGCACUGAUUUCGGGCUAGAUUCAAUCCGAUUGCCCCUAUUCGGCUAUGGACCUUUUAAAAGCAAGGUUUCCGUGUUCGCAGAGACUGCAUUCACGGUAAACGCUGCAUAUGUCGGCUCACUCGGAAAUGAAUGUCAAUCACACUAUAACGCAGCUCUUCCACGGUCCGGAUUGAAUUUAGGCCCAAGUACUUUGAUUAGGAUCAAAACUCAAUGUAAAGAUCAAACUCAGAAACUUGAUCAGUCUCCAAGGAGAUGAAUAACAUGCAUCUUCUUAAGGGAUACAGACAGACGAGCCUAAUUUGUUCAGGUUUAUCAUACAUCCGUUCAUGAAUUAAUACAACCGUUUUCCCAGAGCCUUCCCAGUCAAACGUAAAAAUGUAUGCACACAUGACUAAGUCGCUUUGGAUAAAAGCGUAUGCUAAAUGGCAUAUUAUAUUAUUAUUAUUGUGUGAACUGAUUGACUAUACUGCCAUGAUCACAGUGAAUUGAAAAUACAGUUUCCACCACCCCCAUUGCUUACAUAAAAAAAUAUGCUUUCAAGAUUACGGGCUCUAUUCAAUCCGAUCCGCUUUAGCCGACAUCCGCAUAGUGGUUGUUUGGGCGGUGUCAGAGGUGGAACUGCCAUUAUACUUAAAGCGGACAUUAACAUUGGCUGCAUGGUUUAAAAGUUCUAACACUGUAAUGUGAGAUGUACGCCUCGAUUAGGAUGAUAGAAAUCCUCAUUAUUUCAUUUUCAAUUUGAGCAUAUAUAGCCUACACUUUCUCGUUCUGAAGUUCUAACGUGAAUGGAGCAGUGGGCUUCGUGACAAUGUUCGUAAGAGCAGCUGCUCACUGAUUUGAUGGCUCCAACUCAGUUCCACCUAUGACACCGCCAAAACAUCCGCUAUGCGGGUGUCUGCUGUUGACGCUUGAUCUGAUUGAAUCUAGGCCUAAAUUUAAGUCUGAGUGACACAUUCUAACUGAAUUAAACCAAAAUCCACCUUCUUGUGUGACAACGUUACCCAUUCCUUUCUGGUGAGGUUUAGUUGGCUGAUGUAGUUUGCCCAUGAAGAGAACUCUUCUGCUUGUUCACUAGGGGCAGCUUGAGCAAACUUCUGCAUAAAUUAUCUAAUCUACAAAACAUUUAAAUGUGUGGAUCUACAUGCUUUAGAGCCCAUCUUAUGUUUGUCACAGCAUCGGAUCUAGUAGCUUAUUGGGUCAUGUGUAUGACCUUACACUGCAGUACUAUAAUGUAUUCUUCUGUGUCAUUUGUCCUGUUACAUCUUAAUGGGAACCACUGAAUGCAUUUCAUUUGUUGCUUCCUGCUCUGAUUGUGCAAGUGGAAUUCACUCACUACAUGAUUGUAAAAUCCUGCAUUUAAAAUUGUGAAUAAAACGUCAGGUAGUGUAGGUAACUUA